UACACAAGGAUGAUAUGUUCAGUUCCAAAAUGACCCAAAAAACAACAACCAUCACCACCAUUGCUCGCUAUCUCAUGAAAUGGAAGACGAUGAUGCUUCUCUCCUUCAGCUUCAGCUUUACCAGCCGAAUCCCGAGCUCGAUCCCCACUAAGCAGCUUACCACCUUCCCCGGCCAGACAAGCUAGCUCUCCCUCAGCUUCCUAACUUCACUCCUCUCUUCAACCAUGGCUUCUGCUUCCCCUCUCCCUCCACCAUUAUAUGGACUCAUCCCAUGGGUACAACUGUAGCAGACAUAGUGGUGGCCCAUCUGUGUCAUCGGAGGAAGGAACGCUGGACAGUCCGGUCUCUGGUUGGGAUGAACUCGGUAGGACAAUACUCGACCAUUGCUUCCUCGGCAAGAAAGGUAGGACCAUGAGACCUCUGGCCAACCGUGGCAUGGCGUCCACGACAGUCUUACCCACCCAAAAAACCAACCCAUACCAUUCGUUCCUGAUGUGGGCACUGGUGGUGAGCCGGAGAAGACCCACCAUUACAUAUCCUAUAACUGUAAGGGAAGUAUCUCAAACCUUGGAAAUCAGACCAUUCCAAACUAACCUGAUCUUGUUCCUCCUGUCCUCCAUGUCAGAGGAGCAAUAUUGAAAAAUGGAGUGCAAGCGAACUCCCGGCAAUCACAGCAAGCCAGAAUAGGUUCACCUCCAUGUCUUCCCACCUAACGAGACAACAUCACUGAAUCACGAGUUGAUGAAUUUUUCUCUCGGUCAAAGGCAUUCUGAAUGGCAAUAGUGCAACAUCUUAUCCUUUGUUGUUUGCCAGUUUCUUCACGACAUUGCUGGCAGACAAGGGCUCUCCUCUCUGCCAUGAAGGGAUGAAUAAAGCUCUAGUUAGAGAGAAUUUUUCGUCGAUUCAAGAUAUCACCAGAGCAUGGUAAAAUGAGGAUACCAACCAAGAAAAAGUUGAAGUAUUCGGCGGAGUUGAGAGGUUGUCCAUAUUGAGCACUUCUCGAGCUCACAGCUUGCCCACGAAGCCCGUCGUAACUCGUGAAGUUUCCCUUGUGUUCAUGCUCGCCCUUCGGAAGAACAGGAAGUCCAAUGGCUGUGAAACCUUUUGUCCCGCUAGUAAUAUGAACAUGGUUUGUCCAAGUUGGAGUUCAAUCCUUUCUCCAUGGAAGCUUGCCGCGAGGUAUAAGCCACUUGAGAUCCUUUACUAUCUCUAAAUAUUCAAUUGGAUGAUUGACAGAGAACCAACCUGACAUCACAAAGACUUGGAGAUGUCCAAACAUUCCUUGCAAAGCAUGAGUUUUAGCAUAUAAACAAUAAACCCGCACAAACUGGUAGUUUUUGUCCAGGAAUGUUGAACACUCAGACUUACAUGCAGAUUAGUAGAUGAACUGGAUGCAACAAAAUUGGGUUUUUGCCCCCUGUUAUGAGAGCACUUAUGAUUCCGAUAUUGGCCAAUGACUGUGACAGACCAGCAGCUGCAAGUGAUGUUGAUAGCAUUCCAGCAGUGAUAAAGGCAUGGAGCGCCAUUGAGGCUGCAGGGAUUGCGUCUGUUCAAGUAUUCAAUAUGAAACGUCAGAAUUCUCAUUGCUUGUCAAAAUAUAGUUCCAAGAAAAUAUAGUAUUCACAUUGCUUCAGUUUAACUCUGUUGGAUGCCAAAUUCGGAUUACCAGAAAUCAAAUUACACAUACUUUGCCAGUAGGAACAGAAACAGAGAAUGUUUUCUGAGCUUCAACAAUGAUGGUCAAUGAGUAUAGUGCUCUUGAGAGUUCCUGAACCCUGAAGAAAGGAAAAUAUUAGAUCUUUUUUAGCCCCGUUUUUUCAAGCCUCAGUUUCAGCACUUCAUAUGUACCUGCCUUGCAAUCUUCCCUCCAUGUACUUCUACCAUUGAGGGAUCAAAGCCAAAAACUGGUUUCAUGAACUCUGCAACCAAAUUGAUGGCACAAGCUUUUGUCACAUUUUGCAAGGCAGAACUUAGCCCUACCGCAGGCUCCUCCGUAUCUAAGAUGAAACUAACUUGAGUUACUAAGAUUUCCAAGAAAGGAAUAUAGUGAAAAACUAAGGAAUAUUACACGGGAAAAGGGACCAAUCAUAGGGAAUUAUAAGUGGGGAACCCGGUGAAGUGAGAGUGCGAGUCCUGCCAAUUAUCAAACUGGUUUCAAGUUCAUUUCUAGGAAACAAUGUUGGUCAUGAAAGUCUAAGAGAAGUGCUCACCCGAAAAGCAAAUUUGCGAUUCCCCUGGUGUCCACCAAGAAUAGAUGAUACUGAACCUGGCUUGACAUGUAAUGCAAUUAGGACUUCCUCUGUCGAAUUCUGUAUGGGAUUACUGAAAUCCACGAAAUUUUUUAAGUCUUCCAUCUUGUUUGUUAAAAGUACAGUUCUUGGCACUCCAUUGAUUUUAAGCACAUAGGAUGAAACAGGCAUCCAUAAAUCUGCCACCACUGGUCUCCUAUCUAGUGACAAUAGUGAUUACAAAUCAAAUUGAGAAAUAAAAACACAUUGGUACCUAAUUGGUCUAGUGGAGAAUGAUGUAACUUACCAAAGCAAACAAUCAUUGCAGCGUUUUGCUCCUUGUAAAAGGGUCUCCAACUUUAUAUGUACAAGAACCAUUCACCAUUGUGAUAAUAAUAUGGCCUUACAUAC